AUGUCUGCACGCUAUGCGCCGCUGCCCUCCUCCCACACAGAUCCCCUCUCCAAUGCAGAGAUGGACGCCGCCUUUGACGACGACGACGACGACGACGACGACGACCAUGAGCCCACCGCACACGCCGAGACACGGCCCCUCCACCCCCUAAGUCGCUCGCGCUCGCGCUCCUCCUCCCCCCCGCCUGCGCGCCAUCACUCACUCGCCCACGCACACACCCCGAGCACCCCCGCCGCGUACGACUUUGAGAACUUCGACUACGCGAGCUAUCCCCCGCCCGGCUCCCCCCCGCCCCCGUCCUCCUCCGCCCUCCCCAACGACUACGGCAACUCCAAUGGCCUCGUCCCCUCCACCUCCUCCGCCCACCCGGCCGACCUCGCAGCCGCCUAUGCACCCCGCAGGAGCUGGCUUCUCCGCACCGCAGCCAACGUCCUCCCCGCCCCCUACGUCCGCCGCUGGGGCCUCGACUACGAGCAGCCCGCAGCAGGCCGCGUCGUCGGCGGCGGCGUGCACAACGACGGCGUCUUUGCCAACGUCACCGCAAAGCCCUCCCGUCCGAUGCAGAUUCGCGAAGGCGACGAGAUCUUCCUCGUGCCCGAAGAGGCCCAGAAGGACGUGCCCCCGUCCUACGCCUCCGCCCAGGCCGACAGCGUCCCGCCCUACUGGGAGACCACCGUACACGCCCCGUCCUCCCCCGGCGCCUUUGGCGAGAUGAUCAUCGACGCCCUCCCCACCGGCUCCCUCUUCUCUUUCCUCUGGAACAUGCUCGUCAGCAUCUCCUUCCAGUUCGUCGGCUUCCUCCUCACCUACCUCCUCCACACCACCCACGCCGCCCGCUUCGGCUCCCGCGCCGGCCUCGGCGUCACCCUCAUCCAGUAUGGCUUUGCGCUCAGGAGCCGCGCCGAGGACGCCGCAGAGGCCGACGCUACCUGGGGCUGGCGCAUGGGCGGCAACGGUCAGAUGCAGCAGCCCCCAGCCACCGGCGCGCCCGACCCGAGCCCGACCUUCGACACCGCCGCCCAGGCAGAGGACUACUACCGCAACCUCAACAUGUCCCUCCCGGACCCCGCCACCGCGAUCCCGCCCGCGACGAUGGACGAGAUCAACCUCGUCAACGACGCCACGACCGACUGGCUCUCGUUCUUCCUCAUGACCAUCGGCUGGUUCAUCCUGCUCACGUCGAUCCUCGGCUUCUGGCGCGUCAAGCGCUGGGAAAGCAACAUCCUCGCCUCGCAGCACGACGCCGCCUCCGCCGCGCCCGCCUCUGCCCCGGGCGACGCGCGCUCGCGCUACCGCGCUCUCGCCGCGAGCCUCCAGCACGCGUUCGGGAUGCCACGCACGGGCAUGGGCGGGCUGCUCCGCGGGGGGCUCUUCCCGCGCCACCUCGGUGACGGGCUAAGCGACGACGACGAGGGCGCCGGCGCCGGCGGUGGGGGCGGGCGCGAUCGCGAGGGCGAGGGCGACGAUGACGACGACGCGUAUGCGUCGCGCACGGCGGAGGAGGGCCGCGCGGCGGAUCUGCGCGCGCGGGCGGAGCUGCUGGCGCGCUUUGCGCACGAUCCGGCGCGCCAGCGGGAGCUGGAGCAGUCGUUUAGGGAGGAGGACCAGCUGAUGGAGAACAUGCGCGCGGCGGGGAUGCUGUGACGUUGAUGGCCUCGUAGAAGCGUCUUGUCUUUUGUUUUUGGAGUGGCGCGCCCGUUUAGACAUACCAGGGCCGGUGAUGGUAGGUGCACGAUGGACGAUUGACUCGUUUUCUCCACACUGUCUCUCUCUGUCUCUUUUUUCUCUGCUUCUGUUUACUGCCUCUCGUGCUCGAUGAUUGCUCGCCUGCCACUCGUUUUGCUCGGUAUAGUUUCUUUUUCUGUACCAUCUCUUUUAUGCUCGCAGCGCAAUAUUUAUCUAACCA